GGCAGUGGAACGGAAUCCACGCGAUGACAGAGAAAUUUUCCGGGAAAAACCAAAAUUUUCUGGCAACUUCAAUCUUCCAUUACUAUCCUCUUGCGUGACGUGACCUUCUUCGAACUCCUCCGAUACCCAUUCGCCCAGAGAUCCGAGGAGUUGGGAAUUUCUUUUCUUCUCACUCAUUACUCGUCAAUCUUCGCUCUCGCUUUCACUUUCAGUGGAGGGGAGGUUCUGUAGGAGGGAGAGGAUGAUCGUGGCUUUUUGACCUUCAUAGUGUUAGAUGGUGUACUGUAGCACUUAGUUGAAAACUUCACUUCUUGCAUGCUAUGUCAACAAGAAUCCAGCAACACUUACUAUAUGUCCUUCCGUUUUUUUCUUACCUCGUUGUAGCUCAGGAGAUAUGGCUGGUAUGGCACCUGAAGGAACACAAUUUGAUGCACGUCAAUAUGAUACCAAGAUGAAUGACUUACUUGGAGGAGAUGGCCAAGAUUUUUUCACCUCAUAUGAUGAAGUCUAUGACAGUUUUGAUUCCAUGGGCUUGCAGGAGAACCUCUUAAGAGGAAUAUACGCUUAUGGUUUUGAGAAGCCUUCUGCAAUUCAGCAAAGGGGUAUUGUUCCCUUCUGUAAGGGACUUGAUGUGAUCCAACAGGCACAAUCUGGAACUGGAAAAACAGCCACUUUCUGCUCUGGAAUUUUGCAGCAGCUGGAUUAUGGGCUAGUUGAUUGCCAGUCACUGGUUCUUGCGCCCACCCGAGAGUUGGCACAACAGAUUGAGAAGGUUAUGCGUGCAUUAGGUGAUUAUCUUGGUGUCAAGGUUCAUGCUUGCGUUGGUGGAACCAGUGUCCGUGAAGAUCAGCGCAUUCUCUCAAGUGGUGUUCAUGUCGUUGUUGGUACCCCUGGUCGUGUGUUUGAUAUGCUGCGGAGGCAGUCACUUCGCCCUGAUCACAUUAAGAUGUUUGUGCUGGAUGAAGCUGAUGAAAUGCUUUCACGAGGGUUCAAGGACCAGAUCUACGAUAUUUUUCAGCUUCUUCCGCCAAAGAUUCAGGUUGGGGUUUUCUCUGCUACAAUGCCUCCUGAGGCUCUUGAGAUAACGAGGAAAUUUAUGAACAAACCUGUGCGGAUUUUGGUGAAACGGGAUGAGCUCACCCUUGAGGGUAUCAAGCAAUUCUAUGUCAACGUUGAUAAAGAGGAGUGGAAACUCGAGACUCUUUGUGACCUUUAUGAAACUUUGGCAAUUACCCAGAGUGUCAUAUUUGUGAAUACCAGGCGCAAGGUAGAUUGGCUUACAGAUAAGAUGCGCAGCCGUGACCACACUGUUUCUGCCACACAUGGAGACAUGGACCAAAACUCUAGAGAUAUCAUAAUGCGGGAGUUUCGGUCUGGUUCAUCUCGUGUCCUCAUUACUACUGAUCUCUUAGCCAGAGGAAUUGAUGUCCAACAAGUUUCUCUUGUGAUAAAUUACGAUCUCCCUACUCAGCCAGAGAACUACCUCCAUCGAAUUGGUCGUAGUGGACGAUUUGGAAGGAAGGGUGUUGCCAUCAAUUUCGUGACCACAGAGGAUGAAAGGAUGCUGUUCGACAUCCAGAAGUUCUACAAUGUCGUGGUCGAGGAGCUGCCAGCAAAUGUUGCCGACCUCAUUUGAUGCAGUUCCAAUCGAGCCAGGUAAAAAUGGCUUUAAUUUUGCCUCUGUUUUGUUUCCUUUGUUUUUCUCUAGGUAGUUGCCUUUUAGGGGGGCCCCUUAUUCAGCAGUUUCAUGGAGUGGACCUUUGAUUCGGGAUCGAUGGAUUUUAGUAUGGGUGAACUUUGCCCCCAUUUUGCGGCAUUUGGGUCCUGGCCAUUGUUUAUGGCGCUGCCUUCUGAGAGUGGAAAAAGAAUAUCAAUGUUGCAAGUUUUGUCACAAGUUUGUUUCUGUAUUUUCGAGUCCAAAGCGGGCAUUGCACAACUGGCUGCCGUUACCUUGUUUUGGACUCUUGAUUUGAACCUUUUGUCUUGUGUUUGUCUGAGAGGAAUGUAAUUAUGCAAAAUGACCGAGGAUUUAAUGAUGCAUUAUAAAUUGUGACUUGUUCGGCCAUGCUUUUGAAUUA